AUGUCGGCCGCCAAGCUCUCCGCCGACCUCCUCAUCCAGAUGGCCAAGGCCCGCCGCACCAUCUACGCGCUGGACAAGAACCUCCCCGUCUCCACCAGCCGCAUCCAGGAGCUCGUCAACGAAACCACCCUCCACACGCCCUCGUCCUUCAACUCGCAGUCCAACCGCGCCGUCGUGCUCCUGGGCCCCGAGCACGACAAGCUCUGGGACAUGACGGCGUCGACGCUGCGCGCCAUCGUCCCCGACGACAAGUGGAAGCACACCGAGGACCGCAUGGCCAUGUUCAAGAGGGCCGCCGGCACCGUCCUCUUCUUCGAGGACGACGACGUCGUCAAGGGCAUGCAGGCCGCGUUCCCCUCGUACGCCGACCGCUUCCCCGCCUGGGCCACCCAGAGCGCCGGCAUGCAGCAGCUGCUCCUCUGGACCGCCCUCGAGCUCGAGGGCCUCGGCGCCAACCUCCAGCACUACAACCCGCUCAUCGACGACAAGGUCGCUACCACCUGGAGCCUGCCCAGGUCCUGGAGGCUGAAUGCCCAGCUGGUCUUUGGGGGCCGCGCCGGCGAGCCCGGCGACAAGGAGUUUAAGCCGCUCGAGGACCGUGUCAAGGUCUUUGGUGCGUGA